AUGGACCCCGCCAUUGCCGCUGGUGCUCUGCAGCGCGUACUCGACGCUCAGGCCAGACUCGCCAACGAACCAUUCGACCUGUAUGCCCCUCACCUGGCCGCUUCGGUACCUCCUCCACCCAUGCCUGACCGCGAGGGGUACGUCGCGGAGCAAGCCAAGAUUCCCUACAAGAUUGCUCGCGAGGGCUACCGCCGCCCGGACGGUACGCCGGCCGAUGUGCCCAACCUCUCCAUCUUCCAGAAAGGCGGCGCCGACCCUCCCCUUGGCAAGUUGUUCAAGUACCUCUCGCAUAUCGAUUGCCAGGGAUCCCCCAACGUGUACUGGUCAGACGACGGCAAAUCGUUCUACGCGAAGAACUCGCCAAAGGUCAUGACACGCGGCUGGCCCAGCACGUCGCUCGACGGCAGGACGCGCAGGGGCACCCUGUCCACUAUUGCAACCCUUUGCGAUUCGAAACGAGCCAGAGAUAAGCAAUGCUGCAAUGCCAUGGCCGACGGUCUCGGCGUGUCUUGGGCCGGCUUCACGGGCAUACUCCGUCACUAUGGAUUUGAUACUCCACCCUCAAUUCACCCGCGAGACGACCCAAACAAGGCCGCCGAUAUGGAGCCCGAGCGUCUUGAGAGCGCCAAGAAGAAGAGCACCAAGAAGCGCUUCUCCCAAAACCAGUCGACGGGGGCCGCGUACCUGCUGUCGUCCGACUCCGAGGAGGAAAGCGACGCUGCCCGCCCUAUUCAGUUACUAUACACUGCGCAUUUGGGCCUGUCGUUCAAGGCGCUGUCGUUGUUGCUGGGUAAAGGAGGUUACCGGUUCAAAAGCCUGCACGGCCGGACAUCGUCAAGGAUCCCUUCUUCACUACCGCCACUCGAGUUGACUCGUGGUGAAUACAGGCGCGCUUGUCGCAUGAAGGUCCCAAAGAAAGACGCCACGAAGGCAAGGAAACCCUAUGCUACCACCGAGGAGGACGACGAGGACCACCUUGGCGACGACGCCAUCCACAGCUGUGACGACGACCUUGGAGGCCAGCUCGGGAAAUUUCGAGACCAGGGCCUUGACCUCGCCGAGGCAGGUCCCUCCAAGAGGCCCCGGCCCGUCUACGAUUUUACCCCAACCGUGCUCAUUGACGACUCGGACGACGAGCUCUCGGCACCGACUGUCAAGGCCAAGAAGGCAAAGAAGGCCAAACAACCCAAGAAGGCGCAGUCGCGCAAGGGCAAGGAGAAGGUCGUCGACUCGGACUCGGACUUUGAGAUGAUAUUGCUCCUAAUCUGGAACCCCAAGGCAACCAAGGCAACCACUGCUCCCGUUAGUGGCCUCACAGUCGCAGCCAAGCCUCCAGCCAUUUGA